AUGGAAAUUGAAUGGCUCAAAAGUGAAUUAACUUUCACUCGUGAAAGUUUACGAUCAUCAUUUUAUGAUGAAUUACAAACAAAUGGACAACAAAUAUAUUACCAAUUGACAGACAAACUUGAUGUAUUAAGAAAAAAUCAUAGUAAAGCACUUGAAACAUUACGACUUUCAUAUCGUAGUCAAUUACAUGAUUUUAUAUCACAAGCAAGAAGUAUUAUUAAUAGUGAUAAACCUACAUCAUCUGAAUCGAUCGCUCAAAAGCAACAAUUAGGAAGUGAAAAUCGAGAAAAAUCAUUCUUUCAACAAGCAGCGAUGAAAGGUUAUGAAACCGAAAUAGCUAAUUUAAAAAAAGAAAUUGAACAAUUACAAGAAACUACUAAAUAUGAAAUUAAAUUAGCUACAGGUUUUCUUAACGAUGAAAUAGAUCGUUCAACUAAAGAAUUAGCUAAUGCAACUCGAACUAUAGCUCAAUCAGAAGAUACAAUUAUGAAAAAAGAUGAACAAAUUCGAGAUCUUAAACGUGAUUUAGCUACUCUUCAAACUAAAUUAAAAGAAUCAAAAAAAGUUACAGUUCGUGAACCAACUCCAACACCAACUGUUGAAACCCAAUCACGUUUAGCUCAAACUGAUCCAUGGGCACCAUCACCCAUAAAGGAUAACUCAGAAGAGGCUAAUAAAGAAUUACAAGCAUUGAUGCAAACUAAAGUUGAAGCACUCGAAAAUAAAUAUCAAACAAUUAUUGAACAAAAAAAUUCUCAAAUACAACAAUUAAUGCAAGAAGCUGAUACACAACAAAAGGCAUUUAAAAAUAAGUUGGAAAAAUAUAUAACUAUGGAAGAACGUAAUCGAAAUGAUAUGAAACGAUAUUCUGAAAAGCAUAAACAAGAAAUUCAAAUUACGACGGUUCUACGCGACGAAAUGUAUACACGACAAACUCAUAUUCGUGAUCGAUUUAUUGCUAAACCAGCUGUAGUUACAUAUAAUUAA